AUGUCAAAUGAUCCAUUGGAUUUGUUAGGGCCACAGCAAAAGCGAUCAACGGUCACUUUUGCCGAACCAACCCGCCCCUCCACUGCAGCGACGGGUCGAUCAAAUCUUGACUCACUAUUCGGAGAUCCCGGGCCAAGACAGAGUACAGCGGAAGGGAGAAGAAAUGAAUCGGCCACCACUCCAGCUCCGGCAACAAGAAGGCCAAGACCUACAUCGACCGAUCUCUUCGGUGGGCCAUCGACGUCUCAAGAAGCUCCUGUAACUCAACAAACUCCAUCUGUCCCCAUCACUCAAACAUCACAAUCUGAUACAGAAUCAAUUCUCAGGAUUCAAAGAUUGGAGAAAGAAAUAGAACGACUCAAUCGAGAGAUCGAUGAUUUGACAAGAAGAAAGAAAAGAGAUGAAGAAGAUCUCGAAAAAGAAUGGAGAGAGAAAUUGGGGAACAAAGAGAAAUCGUGGCUUUCUGAUAGAGAAGAAAUGGAAAAGGGAUAUCAGAAACAAAUCCAACGAUUGACUGAGCAAAACGAAAAUGACAUGGAGAGAUUGAGAGAGAAUUAUUCUCGACAGAUUGAGGCUUUACAAUCGUCGAAUAGUCAGACAAGAGAUGUUGUUGGAGUUGUGGAAAAAGUGGACAGAUUGAGCUCUCAAAUUAGCGAUCUCGUGCAUUCUGUUGGUGGAAGUGGUGAAAGAAUUCAAGCUGAUUUGGAGACGACCUUGCGAAUUCGAGAGACACAGAUUGAAUCUAGGGAACAAAACCUAAAAUCCGAAUUGGAUCGAUUCAAGGAAGAAAAAGACAAUGUUACUCUUCUGAAUUUAAAGCUAAAAGAUUUGGUUCAACAGCAAGAGGAUGGUAUUCAAAAGGAAAAAUGGAAAAUUCGCGAAGAUUGGAAUCGUCUCAGUGCUGAGCGCAAAAUUUUCAAAGAAGAUCAGCGCUUUGUUUUGGAAAGCAUCGAGAAACAGAAAAGAAUGUUGGAAACGACAAAAGAAUCAUUUUUCAAAGAACAGCACGAUUUGCUGAUCCGGGUGAGCAAUGAAAAGGAGAGUUUGGAAAGAGAACAACAACAAUUUCAACUUAAACGCUCGGCUGAUGUCAGAAGACUCAAAGAAGAAGCCACGCAAUUGCAACAUCGAAUACAAAAUGUACAAUUGGCAGAAGAGCACUCGGAAAGCUUGAGAUUACACUAUGAAGCAAAAUAUAAACAAUUAUGCGAACUUGAAGCUUCACUAAUGGAGGAAUGCAUGGAGUUGGAGAAUCUUCGGAAUCGAGGUUUUCCCAUUCCAGAAUCCACUCAGCAUCAACCCCGACACGAGGGGAGAGUUAUUGCAAUCAACAGAGUCGAAAGCCGACCUCCGCCACCUGUCGUCAACGAACAGUUUCCUGAUUUCCCUAUAGAUUCAGGCAGAAAAGAACGAUCUGAUAGUGUUCGUGCUGUCCUUCGAAAACAUGCAGAUUUCCUUGAGAAAUACACCGGUCAACGAGUGGCUGCCGUGGCUCCUCGAAAUCCCUCGCUUGACGAAUGGCAACAAGGAGAGAAUAGA